UCUUCCAAUGUUAUUCACAGUCACCGUGGCUUAACCCCAGUGCUCUUCAAUACGCUCACACCGUGGCUUAACUGUCAAAGUUCUUAACGGUCACAACGUUGACACUGUGGCUUAUUCCCUGUACCCAACAUGACCCCAACAGUGCUUUUCGUCAUCGUUCUCAGUCUGGGGUGGCCUGUUCACUCUUCCUCCGUGCGCAAUCACACGCAGGCCCUGUUUUUCACGGACGGUCAGAGGGUCGUGGAACUGGGCGUGGCCACCCCGACCCUGAGGAGGACUGCCCCAGACGGACAAGGGCUGGUCGAUACGACGGUAACGUGUCGGACUUACACGCACAACACAAACCAGCCGCUGGCGAUGUAUGGACCAAUCAGGGCUGUGGACAAUGACGAUAUGAACAUGCUCCUGGAGAUCUGCCACAACAAUCCGACCCACAACAGGCGACACAAGCGCUUUAUUCUACCAGGUAAAAGCCCUGCCCAAGGGUACACUUUAACAGACCCUCUUCUUAAUUAG